GUUCGCAAUAUUUACUUUCGCUCUGCUUCUUGCUGCUGCCGGUUUUGUAACCAUAAUUUUUGGUUCGCUAGUCCAAAGCUAAAAAAUGUCGCUGUUGCUGCAACGUGCUGGAAAAUUAAUAACGCGUCAGACGCUACCACUGGCCAGUGCCAUCAAAUGCCGCUACUUUGCGGAUGCAAUACUAGGAGAUGGCGAUGAAGUGCUCGUGCAGCGUUUGGAAGGCCAGCAAAAGGGCAUAACAGUGCUGGGACUCAACAGGCCGGCGACAAAGAACGCGUUCAGUCGUGGAUUAGUGAACACCUUUUCGGAUAUACUGGACGACAUUAAGCGUGAUAAUGGCUCGCGUGUGGUGGUGCUGCGCAGUCUCAGUCCUGGCAUAUUUUGUGCAGGAGCCGAUUUGAAAGAGCGCAAAGGCAUGACUACGGAAGAGACAAAGGAAUUUGUUACACAACUGCGUGGCCUGCUCAUUAACCUGGAGCAACUGCCCAUGCCUGUUAUAGCUGCGCUUGAUGGCGCUGCUUUGGGUGGUGGCCUUGAAAUGGCGCUAGCCUGCGACAUACGCACAGCUGCUUCUAAUGCCAAAAUGGGUUUGGUAGAGACACGUUUGGCUAUAAUACCUGGAGCUGGCGGCACUCAACGCUUGCCACGCAUACUGUCGCCUGCUUUGGCCAAGGAGCUUAUAUUUACAGCACGCGUGUUGGAUGGCGCGCAGGCUAAGGAAUUGGGCAUGGUUAAUCAUGUGGUGGAACAGAAUGCCAACAAAGAUGCAGCCUAUCAGCUUGCACUAAAGCUGGCUGAGGAGAUAUUGCCCAAUGGUCCAGUGGGCGUGCGCAUGGCUAAGUUGGCUAUCGACAAAGGAAUGCAGGUGGACUUGAGCACGGGCUAUUCCAUUGAGGAAGUGUGCUAUGCACAGGUUGUGCCCACCAAGGAUCGUCUGGAGGGAUUGGCUGCAUUUGCCGAGAAGCGCAAGCCUGUUUAUAAGGGCGAAUAGGCGUGGCGAACAAGAAGUUACACAUUAAGCUGACAAAGUGCAUUUAUUAGUUUUGUUUUUAUGCCAUAAAAAUAUUGUUUCAAAUGUAGAAAGAUUAAAU